AGAAUAUGAUGCUUGAAUAUGCUUCUCUUGUCAACUAUAUAUCAUUUCCCAAUUCUAGAGUUGCCCCUCUUCCUUAGAUGAUGUUUUAAGGUCCAUCCAAGACUCUGCCAGAACAUCCUAAAUUGAAAAAACAAAGUAGAAGUAGAGUAAGAAUGAUUACUAUAAAGACUCCUGCUGACCAACUUGAGCCAAGAGACACUUACAAGAUUGCUUACAUUAUGCAUUUCUUGCUUGGUGCUGGGAAUUUACUUCCUUGGAAUGCUUUUAUCACAGGUGUUGAUUACUUUGGCUUUCUCUAUCCAUACAAGCAUGUUGAGAAAGUUUUCUCUGUGGCUUACAUGAGUUGUUCAAUGCUAGUUUUGGUUCUGAUGCUGAUUUGGGGUAGCUGUUAUGGGAAAUUAAGUUCAAGGCUAACACUCAACUUGGGAUUUUCUAUGUUUGUUCUCUCUUUAAUGGUGGCUCCAAUGAUAGACUGGGUGUGGUGCACAGAAUCAAGUGAGAAGACCUAUGGAGUGACAGUUGCUUCGGUCGCUGUUUGUGGUAUAGCCGAUGGCUUAGUUGGUGGAAGCUUGAUGGGAUCAGCUGGAAGGCUUCCGAAACAGUACAUGCAAGCUGUUUUUGCUGGAACUGCUUCUUCAGGUGUUAUAGUUUCAUUCUUGAGGAUUUCAACAAAAGCAUUGCUUCCACAGAACUCGAAGGGUCUUCGAACAAGUGCCCACUUGUAUUUCCUCUUUAGCACUAUGAUCCUUUUAUGUUGCAUAAUUUGUUCUAACUUGUUAUUCAAGUUACCAGUCAUGCAGAAGCUUAGCAAGAUUGAAGAACAAACUGAGGCUACUUUCUGUUUAAGACCACAGAUAUUCUCAGUCGCACGAAAGGUCCGAUGGCCAGCUUUUGGAAUUUUUAUAAUCUACAUAGUGACUCUUUCAAUUUUCCCUGGGUUUAUAGCUGAAAAUUUAGAAUCAAAGAUUCUCCAAGACUGGUAUCCCAUUUUGCUGAUCACAGUGUAUAAUAUUGCAGACUUAGUAGGCAAGUCUUUAACAGCCAUAUAUAUUCUGCAGAGCAUAAAUAAAGCAACUUGGGCUUCCAUUGCCAGACUUCUGUUUUAUCCUCUCUUCACAGCUUUUCUCCAUGGACCAACAUGGUUGAAAACUGAAGUUCCAAUGGUGGUUCUGACCUUCAUGCUUGGUCUGACCAAUGGCUAUCUAACAAGUGUCAUGAUGAUAUUGGUUCCAAAAUCUGUUCUAGUUACAGAAUCAGAACUAUCUGCAAUUGUUAUGGUUGUAUUCCUGGGACUUGGGUUGGUUGGUGGUUCAGUUCUUGGUUGGUUCUGGAUUAUCUGAACUUUGUCAUAUUAUGUAAGCUUAUGAAUCAAAGAUUUUAAUUGAAUUAGAUUAUAGCUAGAAA